AUGGUUCCUGAAGUUGUACGCAAUGGUUUUUGUGUGGGAAUUAAUAAUGAGAGUGAGAAGAAGGACAGUGAGAGAACUAUUUCUGCACAGAGUAUAGCGGCAAGGGAGAGAAGAAGGAAGAUCACAGAGAAGACACAAGAGCUUGGAAAGUUGGUUCCUGGUGGACCAAAGAUGAACACAGCUGAGAUGCUCCAUGCAGCUUCUAGAUAUGUGAAGUACCUUCAAACUCAAGUUGGUAUGCUUCAACUAAUGAACACAAUUCAGAAAGAAGAUGAGGUUGCUCCUCCAAGUGAAGAUCUAUGUGCUCUUGUUACUUCUCCCUCUGUUCAAGAGAAGCUUUAUUCUGAGGAACUAUGCUUUGUCCCUAAAGACUUUGUUGCAACUUUGACAAAUCAGCGUGAUGUUCGAUCAAAGCCUACCAUCCUUAAGGAUCUUAAAGAGUUGAUUGAAACAAACAAUUUGCAGAAGAAAGCAUAG